GGGUACGUUUGUUGCACGGAAGGUACGUGAGAGGAAGUGCAGUUCACGCAGCGAGUCCUUAUUUCGAGAUCACCGCUAGUUCAAAUAUACGCUGCUUUCUUUACAAAGAUUGAUUUUUCAUUUAUAAUAAAUUAAUUUUUUAAUUAAAAAGGAUUAGAAAAAAAAACCAAAACUUGUAAGUAAGUCUCAAAAACGAUAAAGUUAGGUGUGGAUUCGUUCAUGUUUUGUUUGAAAACAAAACCAUUCUUUGAGCUAAAGUAUUUUUCUAAAAGAUUAUUGUUUUCUAAAUCUGUCAUACCUUUGUUUUGGCAGACAAAAAUUCGAUUGAACAAGUUGCAACCACUUUCUUACCAAGCUUGUAUUUCAAGAUCUUUCCACUCCCUGUACUCACCGUUAGUUACAAACAUGUCUUCUGUUGACAAUCCUCUUGUUUGGAUCGAUUGUGAAAUGACCGGCCUAGAGGCUGGUAAAGACGUUCUAAUGGAAGUGGCCGCUAUUAUUACUGAUGGUAAUUUGAAACCGGUUUCAGAGUCCUUUGAUGCGGUGAUUCAUCUCAGUGAUCAGCAGUUAGCUUCCAUGAAUGAAUGGUGUAUAGCGCAACAUGGCAAAUCAGGUUUAACUGAGAAAUGCAGAACAAGCACUCUUUCCGUUCAAGAAGUGGAAAGACAGCUAUUGAAUUACAUUAAAAAAUAUGUCUCAGAAAAACGUGUAGCUCUCAUUGCUGGAAACAGCGUUCAUGCUGACGUUCGAUUUCUAGCCAUUGAAAUGCCCAAAGUUAUUGAGCACUUGCACUACCGUAUUGUUGAUGUUUCUACUAUCAAAGAAUUAGCGAAACGUUGGCGCCCUGAUAUUCGUCCCUACGAGAAAAAAGGAGACCACCGUGCAUUGUCUGAUAUCAUGGAAAGCAUUCACGAACUUGAAUAUUUUCGAUCCAAAUGGCUUCAUUAAUGGAAGCAACAGAAGGAUAAAAUAAAAUAUAGUUACAAUUUUGGAACAAAUGAAGGUUAAAUAACAAUCUUAUUCAGAAAAACGAAAAGUAUUUUUCACUUUCUCU